CAAGUAACAUAACACCGUGUACCUGUAAUUUACCUCAUCUGUGUAUGGUCUCUUGUACUGAGUCUGUGCACUUGAACUGACUUCACAGCGCUAUGUACCAGGGAGCACCCUUGAGGGAAAGCACAGCCUGGGAAGGUAGAAGAUCAACUUCAUCUUUCUGGGCGGUGCCAUUGUACAGGUGUCCCAGCGAGGGAAGGUGGUGUUAGGCUGCCACCUGAGGAACACCUCCACGAGGGAGCUGUGCUGUUUUAUCACUUUGGAAGAUCCAAUCCCUCUGUGGACCUUCUAAACAUCUUUUACUAGUAGAAACAUUAUUUCCUACAAAAUGAAGUCAGCGUCUUAAUUUAAACCAGCAUUUGUGUGGUUCUGACUUUACCUGCUAUGGUUUGUGAAGCUUGAGAUCUAAGGAGUACAGGGUCUUUUGUGAUGACAAUAUGACUAAUAGUAAAGGAAGAUCUAUUACCAGUAACACGAGUAGUGGUCCAAGUAGUGGAGGAGGUUUUGUAGACUGGACUUUAAGCUUAAAUACAAUUCAAUCUGAUAAGUUUUUAAACUUAUUGUUGAGUAUGGUUCCAGUAAUUUACCAGAAAAACCAGGAAGAUAGGCACAAAAAAACCAAUGGCAUUUGGCAAGAGGGAUUAUCAGCUGCAGCCCAGACUUUCAGUAAUCGAUCUGAGCAGCACAUGGAGUAUCACAGUUUCUCAGAGCCGCCUUUUCAUGGCAACAGUGGGCACACGCCGUCAGGCUGCAGCCCAAAGUAUGAUGACUAUGCCAGCUACAAUUACUGUGAUGCAAGGGAUGCUGCGGAAACAGCUGCCAUGUUACAGAAUGAAGCUGCGUCUAGUGAUGGCGACGAAGAUGCCACUGUGGAAGUAAACCAGAAGUCACCAAAGGAAUCCAGUGGCAUCAUGGCGCUGCAAAUACUUGUGCCAUUUUUGCUAGCUGGUUUUGGAACGGUUUCAGCCGGCAUGGUUUUGGAUAUAGUCCAGCACUGGGAGGUGUUCAAAAAGGUAACAGAAGUUUUCAUUUUAGUUCCUGCACUUCUUGGUCUCAAAGGAAACUUGGAAAUGACAUUGGCAUCCAGAUUAUCCACUGCAGUAAAUAUCGGGAAGAUGGAUUCACCCAUUGAAAAGUGGAACCUAAUAAUUGGCAACUUGGCUUUAAAGCAGGUUCAGGCAACAGUGGUUGGUUUUCUAGCAGCUGUGGCAGCAAUUAUACUGGGCUGGAUUCCAGAGGGGAAAUACUAUCUUGACCAUUCCAUACUCUUGUGCUCUAGCAGUGUGGCAACUGCCUUCAUUGCAUCUCUUCUGCAGGGAAUAAUAAUGGUUGGGGUUAUUGUUGGUUCAAAGAAGACUGGCAUAAAUCCUGAUAAUGUUGCUACCCCCAUUGCUGCUAGUUUUGGUGACCUCAUAACUCUUGCCAUAUUAGCUUGGAUAAGUCAGGGUUUGUACUCCUGUCUGGAGAGGUAUUACUACAUUUCUCCAUUAGUUGGUGUCUUUUUCUUGGCUCUAACUCCUAUCUGGAUUAUAAUAGCUGCCAAACAUCCAGCCACAAGGACAGUUCUCCACUCAGGCUGGGAGCCUGUCAUAACAGCUAUGGUUAUAAGUAGCAUUGGGGGCCUUAUUCUGGACACAACUGUAUCUGAUCCAAACUUGGUGGGGAUUGUUGUUUAUACACCGGUUAUUAAUGGUAUUGGUGGUAAUUUGGUGGCCAUUCAGGCUAGCAGGAUUUCUACCUACCUCCACUUACAUAGCAUUCCUGGAGAAUUGCCUGAGGAACCCAAAGGUUGUUACUACCCAUUUAGAACUUUUUUUGGUCCAGGAGUGAAUAAUAAGUCUGCUCAAGUUUUACUGCUUUUAGUGAUUCCCGGACAUUUAAUUUUCCUCUAUACUAUUCAUUUGAUGAAAAGUGGUCACACGUCCUUAACUGUCAUCUUCAUAGUAGUGUACUUAUUUGCUGCUGUGCUACAGGUGUUUACCUUGCUGUGGAUUGCUGACUGGAUGGUCCAUCACUUCUGGAGGAAAGGAAAGGACCCAGAUAGUUUCUCCAUCCCCUAUCUGACGGCAUUGGGUGAUCUGCUUGGAACAGCUUUGUUAGCCUUAAGUUUUCAUUUUCUUUGGCUUAUUGGCGAUCGAGAUGGAGACGUUGGAGACUAAUAAGUCCUCAAACUGUUCUCAAGUUCCACGGAGGAAAACACAAGACAACCACUUAUGACUCUUUUUCAAAAAUCUUAAAUCAGUAGUUUGACUUCUACCAGGGUGAUCUUCAGUUGGCCCUGAUUCAAUUAAAUGGCCUUAAUAUUUUUUUAAGGAAUUUGUGUUAAAACCAGAAUCAACAGUAUUUGUGCUGCUUUUCAUAGAAUAAAUGAUAAUCUGA